AUGAUGGCUUACGGUAGCGGUAAUAAAGCAGCUGAUCUCUUGCCGUUAGCGGCUCACACAGAUAUGACCCAAGGCUUUACCAACCUCCAAAGAUGGUAUAAUGGGACUUUCUUCACCACAUCAACGGUGCCUACUACGUCUACGACAGCGGCUCCAAGCAAAGCUACUACCACAAAGGCGCCGUCAACCAAGGCUCCUACAACAACGACAUCUAAAGCGCCUUACUACUACAACAAGCAAAGCACCCUCUACCUCAACGACGAAAGCGCCUUCCACCUUAACGACGAAACCAAAAGAGCCCGAAGCUUUUGA